CAGUGCUGUUUGUUCAUUUGCUGGUGGGUUUGCUUGCGGUAUUUAUCGUAUUUAUUAUUUUUCUUAUUCAGCUUUCUACGAACGAUAAUGGCUAAAAAUUAGGUUGAUAUUGUUUCAAAUAAUUAAAACCUUAUAAAAAGUCGAAAUGGAUGUGUUGUCACCGGAACUGAUGUGGAUUGGUACGCGCUGUUAUCGUGUAAAUCAAGUUUCCGAACAAUCUGAACUGCAGCAGGAUGAAAACACACCAUAUGUUGAAGAAGACUUGUAUGAAGAAGACGAUCGAGAGACGGACUAUGAUAUUCAAAUGGUUGACGGUGGAAAAUUUCAAACAUCCUUCCACGUACCUUCAGUUUUCUUCGCAAUGAUCAUCGGCAGUAAGGGAACCACCAGACGUCGGCUGGAGGCAGAAACAAAAACGCAAAUUAUCGUACCGAAACAGGGAACGGAGGGUGACAUCACGGUAAAAGGUAGCUCCCGAAAGGCUGUAACUGCCUGUCGGCAACGUGUCGAACUGAUUGUGUUGGGUGCCCGCAGUCGGCAGCAGUUCACUCACUUCUUGUCCGUUCCGCUGACUGCCAAUGAGAUCAAAACCAAAUACGUGAAAUUUCGGGAGAAAGUUCUGACGGAACUCCCGGUUGGAUUAAGUAUAGACGAAUCGCUUUUUCAAAAACCGGACAAGCUACAUCUGACGUUAUUUACGAUAAGCUUGAUGGACAACGAGGACCGAUCGCAGGCUGCGUUGCUGUUACAGCAGUGUCGUGAAACAAUCAUUGAUCCAAUCUUGGCUAGUUACGGAUCGAUCGAAAUACGCCUGCGUGGUUUGGAGUACAUGAAUGACGAUCCACACGCCGUUGAUGUCCUGUACGCUAAGGUGGAAUCCGAACCAUUGCAGCAGAUAGCGGAUCAGCUAAUGUUGCGUUUCAUUGCCAGCGGGUUCGUUCAGGAGAAGUACGACCGGGUGAAGCUACACGUGACGCUAAUCAAUUCGCUCUUUCGGGAUGGCAUCGCAGUGGACGGCAGCGAGGAGCAACAGCAGCCUCGCAACUCCAGGGUUACGUUUGACGCCACAACAAUACUGCGAGAGUUUGGUCACUAUGAUUUCGGCAGCCAGCGGGUAACUGAUAUACAUCUUUCCCAGCGCUACUCGACGGCGUGCGAUGGGUAUUAUGAAGCGACGGGGUUUAUUAAAUUGUAAGAGAGGUGGCGCAUUCUUUCUAAUAACACACAGGCGCUGCUUUCAGAAACAUCGAUAACAUAAAAAUAUGUCAGUAUAAUAUAUGAGAAUAUACUUAUCAAGCUAUUUUGGCAAUCAUUGUUCGAUUUGUUUUUCUCUUGGAGCGAAAUAAAAAAAGGUUAGAAAAAUAAAUUUUUGAUAAAUGGUUAGAAAAUGAAACAACGCGAAAAAAACGCA